AUGUUCGUGAGGAACAAAGCCACAUUAGGAAGCACAAUUGCAGCACAAGCUUGUUUCAUAAACGGUUUCAAGAAAGAUAGUUGUGAGCAUGUUGACGAUGGCUUAGUCGAGAGUGUGCCUUUUCACUUGUUGAGCUUCUUCCGGACUGCUGCGUCGACCCAGGUAGGCGAAAGCUUCCAGCUCUCGAGGGAGUCGUUGCUACCCGCUUCUGCAAGCAAGUCUUUCCACCCGGAGCUGCUGUCAACCCUUCGAAUUUUGGAGAGAGAGACGAGCUCAGAUGGCCCGUCUUCAGAGGAGCGGGAGGCAAGAGCAGAGCAAAAGGGAGGCAAGGGCCCCAAGCUGGCAGCAUGCGGCUGCACCGCUGGACUGUGGCGAUACAUAGCGGAGCAGCUCAACUUGAGCCGUUGUUGCAACCUGCGCAGCUUGCUUGGCUACAGCGCGCAGGGUGAAGCCGCGCCAACCAGAACCGAUGCUGGCUGCGGCAGAUCCGCACACUCUUGCUUGGAGUCGGCGCUGGUACCCGCCAGGUGCCCGUGGCAUCUGCACUACCCGCAACAUGAAUCAGACCAGAGCAUGUCAGCUGUCCGAUCACUGCAUUCGGCCGAGUCAUGA